AUGGCGGGCAAAAGAAAGAGAACAAGACUUACUGAUGGGAAAAAUAGUAAUAGAGAGAGGCCGUGGUCCGAUCUUCCUGAAGACAUUCUACAGUUGAUCAUGGAACGUCUGGCUUUUAUUGAUCAGAUACGUUUCCGUGCAGUGUGCAAGAGAUGGCAGUCCAUCGAACGAGUCAGCAGACCCAAUGUCGAUCGAGUCCAUUCCGAAAAUCAGCUGCCAUGGCUUAUGGUAUUCGAGAGAAGGCCGUUCAACUCGUAUAAGCUCUACGAUCCUUGCAGAAAGAAGGCUUAUGACAUGGACGCAGGGGCCAAGGUCCCAGAGGACCUUCGCUGUUUGCAAGUUUGUGCUGCCAAAUCCGGUUGGUUGUUACUAUCGAAGGGACACCCUCGUGGUACAUCAUUCUUCCUCUACUGUCCCUUCACCAAGGAGUGGAUCGAUCUUCCAGUUCUGGAUUUCGACAUUGACGCUGCAACCUUCUCGACCUCCCCAACUUCCCCAGACUGUAUAUUCUUCGCUUUACACAGCCCCGUAGAUGCCUACACUGUCAGUGUCAUCAUCAACACGUAUCGCCGGGGGGACAAGACGUGGACCAAAUACAAUUUCAAUGUAGGGUUCUGGCUUGUCAAGAAUGCGGUCUACUCUGAAGGAAAGUUUUACUGUUCCACACGUCGUGGUACACUUGGAGCUUUCGACGUAUCUCGGAAAGAUUGGAAUGUGCUUGCAUUGCCGGGUUCUGCAUAUGUUGAUGAUCCCAUGUACGAUACGUAUUUGCUCGAGUCUAAGGGAGAGCUUCGGCUGGUUAUUCUGAGUGAAAAGGGACGAUGGAGCAAGAUUUUCAGGCUUGAUCGUGCACAAAUGAGUUGGGUCAGAGUCGAAAGCUUACAGGAUCGAGCAUUGUUUCUAGGGUCCACUUCAUUUUCUGUUUCAGUUUCAGACUCUGUCAAAGCCAGAAGACAAAUAGCAGAUAAAAUCUAUUACUGUAGAGAAGAGGAUCCGGCCAAGUUCUACUCCCUCAAGGCUCGGAAAAGAUAUGUUUGCACCGCGACCUAUGGUUGUCUGGCCGUGGUUGGUGGCAAGAAGAUCUGGAUUGAACCUCCUUAUUAG